CUUUCGUCAACGGGUGCUCUCAUCUGUCCAUGUCUACUACGACCCCUGCUAAAGACUCGUCCAUUUGGUGGAGCAAUGCCUUCUUCUUUGUCGGCGUCCAUCUUGCGGCAGCUUACGGCGUUUAUGUUCGACCUCCUCAAUUCAUUUCCUGGCAGAUACUGGCCAUGACUGUGGUGUUAUGGCAGCUGGCCUCCUUUGGUGUAACAGUUGGCUACCACCGCCUUUACUCCCAUCGUGCUUUUAGAGCGACCUUCGGUGUGCGGCUGGCUUUAGCUAUACUUGGAACUAGUGCUAUGCAAGGGUCCAUCAAGUGGUGGUGUCUGAGACAUCGUUUACACCAUCGGUUCACGGACGACGACGUUCAUGACCCAUAUUCUGCGACCCGCGGGCUUGUAUUCUCGCACGUUGGCUGGAUAUUCUACAAGACCAAGUAUGAGCGGCUGGAACUGAUUGACAGAGAAGAUCUCGAGCGUGAUCCAGUCGUGUGCUUCCAACACAAAUAUUAUGUUCCGCUGGCCCUUUCUUUCGGCUUCGUCCUCCCCACUGUGCUUGGCCUCCUUUGGGGAGACCCAUGGGGCGGUUAUAUUUGGGGAGGACUUGUUUCCCGACUGCUCAUUUGGCAUUGCACCUUCUUGGUAAAUUCGCUCGCUCAUUGGGAUGGCUUGCAACCAUAUUCUGAUGAUAACACGUCACGCACGAAUUGGAUUUUGGCACUGCUUACUGCGGGAGAGGGUAAUCAUAAUUUCCACGCAUUCCCGCAUGACUUCCGAUCGGGUCCUGCACUCUUCGAUUGGGAUCCCUCUAAGUGGGUUAUACUUAUCUUGCAUCGCCUGGGGCUCGUCACCGGCCUGCGCAGAGCGCACGAAGAUGACAUCAAGCAUGCCGAAAAAUACAUGGAGCACAAAGCUCAUGCUCAUGUAGAUGAUGACUAUUACAUAGAACAAUCAUGGGACGGUGAGGUAUGGGAUACGGACCGACUGGGCGCGUUCAUCAAAAAUAAGCCCACUGCCUGCAUCAUCCUCUUGAAUGGAUUUGCUGUAGAUGCAACUGACUACAUGAAAGAACACCCUGGAGGUGCAUUGCUUCUUCGACAAUACUCUGUCUUGGCAACGGACACGAAAAUCGAGGCAUUCAGAGACGCUACUUGGGCAUUUGAAGGGGGUCUCAACAGACAUUCGCGAGCAGCACAUCGACGGAUGAUGCAGUUGAGGGUAGCCAAGGUGGCACUAGCACGCGUUAGAUGAUGGACUUUCUCAAGACCUGUGCUCUUUGGAUAGCGUACAAAUUGAUUGAAGCCUUCCAGCGUCCAAUUUCAACGCUGCCCGGCGAUGUCAUUUAGUGCUCUAACUUCCGACAUGUAUGAUUGUAAACUUGUAAUUACUGUGUGACCACACUUCUAGUGGUCACAUCUUCAUUUGAAGGGGCAUUGUUGAUCCUAC